AUGUCUGAUUCGGCAAACUGGAGAGUUAGGGCCCCUGUGGACCCCGACGCCCAGCCCCGGCGCAACAACUACAACAACCGUGAGAACCGUGAUGGACAACGCCCUCAGCGGAACCCUAAUGUCUCCCAAGCUGAGCGCAGCCGACCCGAUGACCUAAAGGUUCACCGGCCACAGCGCCAGCAGGAGGACUCCCCAGAGACGGCCGCUGCCAUUACUGAGGGCCGCCGAAUCUAUCUCGGCAACCUGCUCUACAGCACUACUCCUGAUGAUAUUGAGCUUUUCCUCACAAACAAUGGCUUCCCCAAGUUCGAAAAGGUCCACAUCUCCAUCGACCCCUUCACCGGUCGCAACCCUGGCUACUGCUUCAUCGAGUUUGCUGAAAAGGAGACUGCUGAUUCGGCCAUGGAGAAGCUCGAGGGUCUGCCCUUGUUUGACCGUGCCGUCAAGUGCCGUCCCUGCCAGCCAAAGGGCAACGUCCGCCGUGCUGCUCAGUGGCCCCGUGAAGAGGGAAACAGCUCAAGCUACAACCGCUGGGGCACUUGGGACAAGUCGGGCUCAGCAGGCGCCUCGGCUGGCAGACUCUCGGGACUGAAUGGCCCCAACGACACCAUGAAGCACUACCAGGUUUCCAAGGCCCAGGAGGAGGGUCGUCAGCUCUACGUUGGUGGUCUGCCUCGAAUGCUGGACCAAGCAGAGAACGAGGUGGAAAUCAGGGAUAUCUUCAAGGACUUUGAAGUCGACGGAGUCAGCAAGAGAGUGAGCCCUCGCGAGGAGGGUGAGGGCCGACGCAACUUUUGCUUUGUCGACUUUAGCACUGCUGAGCAGGCACAGGCAGCCAAGCAGGCCAUCCAUGGCAUGUCUUACAGAGAUGCUCCUCUCAAGGUUUCGGAGGCAACCCCAAGAGUGGAGAGAUAUCCUAGACGAGAUGACUGGUCGCGAAGGGAAGAGAGAUCAACAAAUCGCGAUAUUCGUUUUGAGUAA